CAUAUUAUAUUACAUAAUUUGUGAUAUUGAAAAAUUAGAAAAAAGAAACAAAAAUUGGAAAGAAUAUUGCAUUAGUUAAUUAAUAAUGGUCUUUACCUUAAUAAUCUUUAUCUUACUAUUAUCAUGCAUUCUUAUGUAUUUAUAUCAUUAUAAUGUUCGUUAUGGAAAAUACGGGCAAAUUAUUGAUCGUAUUCCCGGUCCUCCGACUGUUCCUAUUUUCGGCAAUAUAUUUAUGUUUUCUAAUUUAACACUAGAAGGAGUAUGGCAGUUGCAAUGCACACUGUCAAAAAAUUUUUCUCCAAUUUUUAAAAUAUGGAGUAUUACUUCUGCUUACGUUGCUAUUUUCUGUCCAGAUGAUGUACAGGUAAUACUUAACAGCACAAAUCAUCUUGAGAAAGGCUUUAUAUAUAAGCUUAUCCAUUCCUGGUUGCGAACUGGUUUACUCACUAGUACAGGAGCAAAAUGGCAAGGAAGACGAAAAAUAUUAACGCCUGCAUUUCAUUUUAAUAUAUUGAAACAAUUUGUUGAUAUUUUCAUUGAGGAAGGCAAUCGUAUGACUAAAUUUUUAAAUGAUAUGGAUGGAUCGAUUGUCAAGGACUUAGUGUCUUUCAUUAGUGAACAUACAUUGAAUGCAAUAUGCGAAACUUCCAUGGGCGUUCCUCUAAAAAAUAUGAACCACUAUGGAGAACAAUAUCGCCAUGCAGUUCAUGAGAUGGGUGAAAUAUUGGUUUAUAGGUUAAUAAGACCGUGGUAUUAUUCUGAUGUAACAUUUGCGCUAACAUCAGAGAGUAGAAAGCAAGCUAAGAAUUUGAAAAUACUUCAUGGAUUCACUGAAACAAUUAUUGCGGAAAGAAAACGAUAUCAUGAACUCACCGAUGGACGAUAUUUACAAAAUUUUGAAAUUGAUGCGUUAAAAGAAACAAAUGAUAAUGAAAUGAUAAAUUAUAAAAAAAAACGUCUCGCUAUGUUGGAUCUUCUGAUAGCGGCGUCGCGUGACAACAAAAUAAAUGAUUUAGACAUAAGAGAAGAAAUUGAUACUUUUAUGUUUGAAGGUCAUGAUACAGUAGCAAUGGCUAUAUGUUUUUCUAUAUUACUGUUAGCUGAGCACAAGGAUAUCCAGGAACUUGCCAGAAAUGAAGUUAGCGCAGUAAUGCAAGAAAAUGAAGGAAAACUUACUAUAACAGCAUUACAAAAUCUACCAUAUUUAGAAAGAUGUUUAAAAGAAGCCAUGAGAUUGUAUCCCAGCGUCCCUUUAAUAAGUCGAAUAUUGUCGGAAGACGUAAAGUUACAAUCUUAUAUAAUACCAUCUACAACAGAAAUAUUCAUCAACAUUUAUGAGCUUCAUAGAAAUCCCAAUUACUGGUCACAUCCAGAGAAAUUUGAUCCAGAUAGAUUUUUACCGGAAAAUAGUCACAAUCGUCAUCCUUAUUCUUACGUACCCUUCAGCGCAGGGCCACGAAAUUGUAUAGGUCAACGAUUUGCCAUGUUGGAAUUGAAGGCUAUGGUAGCUCCGUUAUUGCAUAAUUUUUAUUUGGAGCCUGUUGAUUAUUUGAAAGAUCUUCGUCAUACAGCACAUAUAAUAAAACGCGUUGUUGAACCGAUCCGUGUAAGAUUUGUUCCAAUCAAACGCAUGUAAACAUCUGAAAUAAUUUAGUUUGGUAAGAGAAAAUUGUUUAGUCAAGAAGUUUAUAAAUAAAAAUUUAUUGUAUCAAA